AUGCGGCGUUGUGCUACGUCGGCGGUGGUAUUACUACUGGCGAUGUGCCUGUGUGUGGCCCGCGAGCACGACCUGCGGGAACUCAUCGCUAGAAAACGUUCGGGGUUGCGGCUUUGUGGUGAAAAGUUGAUCCAAUCACUCAUGGUUCUUUGCGACAACAAGUAUAACAAGAGAAACAAUCAUCACUACAGUCACGACCGUGGUAGAGGAUGGGAGUACUGGAGGACUCGCAGACAAGCCGUCUCCAUGUUAUCCACGACACGUAUGAGACGUGGAGUCGUGGACGAGUGUUGUAUGAAGGCUUGCAGUUUACGAGAACUAGGUUCAUAUUGUCUUUCGGAAAACCUGAAGAGGAGAUAUACAUGUGCCAGCUGCCUGGAUAUAAAGAUGGAACUUUUAGAAUUUGCCAUCUUUGUAAGUGUCCAUGGCUACAAGCAAGCCAGCAGGUCUUCCUUCAGACUAACGUUGAAACACGGGAUGUUGGCCGUGCCGCUGGUGCUGGCUGUUCUACACAGUUCUUUCUCUGAGUCAGCGCAGACCUCUACACUUUCUGCAGCGUCUGCACCCUUGCGUCUUUGUGGUAGUGCCUUGGUAAACACGUUGGAACUUGUCUGCGAAACCUACAACAAGAGAUCAUCACCAUUAGAUUUCGAUAGUAAUGCUUUAGCAGACGACGAGGAGCCAGUAGGUGUGUUCCGCCCCCGCAGGUCGGCGCUGCGGCUCGUCCCCAGGAGCUUCACCAGGCACAGGCGAGGGGUUGUCGACGAGUGUUGUCACAACUCCUGCACCAUCGAGGAGCUUGCUACUUACUGCAAGGUAUCCAGGAUCUAG